AUGUCAAACUCCCAAGUAGUACCCACACUCAACGACAACGGGCUUGGUCUUCAUGGCGAGAACGCAAAAAAUAGCCGAUCAAAGGGUGCCAUGAUAUGGUACCAUAAUUUGCCACCUAAUUCUAUUGAUUCAUUUUCUAUGCUUGCCGAUUCUUUUGUGAAGGCGCACGCUGGAGCCAUUAAGGUUGCAACUAGAAAGUCGGACCUAUUCAAGGUAAGGCAAAAUGACAAAGAGAUGCUCGGGGAAUUCAUAUCUCGAUUUCAAAUGGAACGGAUGGAUUUUCCACCGGUCACCGACAAUUGGGAUGUUCAAGCCUUCACUCAAGGUCUCAACGAACGGAGUUUCAUAGCUACGCCCGUAGAUAGAGUUAAAAGGAAUGUCGAUCGAGAACCACGAUCGAACAGAGACCGAUAUCAGCCAUAUGGGAGAGAUCAGAGAAAUAACGAGUUUGGACACAACCUCGUUUGGAAUGAUAGAAGGAAUGAUCGGGGACAAAGCUCCCGAGGUCUCGUGAGCAAGAGUGGUUUCAAUAGGGAUGCCGGGUCCAACGAAUCACCUCAACUGUCAGAAUAUAACUUCAGCAUAGAUGUUUCCGCCAUAGUAUCGGCCAUUGGGCGUAUCAAAGAUACCAGGUGGCCUCGACCUCUGAAGACCGAUACGGCCCAAAGAAACCCAAACAAAAUAUGCAAGUAUCAUGGCACCCAUGACCAUAAAAUAGAAGAUUACAGACAACUAAGGGAGGAAGUAGCCCGGUUGUUCAAUGAGGGGAACCUUCGAGAAUUCUUAAGUGAUCGGGCCAAGAACCACUUCAAAAACAGAGAUUCAAACAGACAGAACGAGUAA